AAAAUUUAACCCGACCCGAAUAACAUUAAACCCCCAAAACUCACAUAGGGUUUUGCCUCAGUUCAAUUUCUCACCUGCUGCUCGUCUCUUCAAUGGGUGCCAAGAACAAAGAUAAGAAACUGAAAGGGGAAGUUCAAGUAGAAAAGAGCGCCACUAUGGGGAAGAAAGAAGCUAAAGAACAUAUCGGAACAUUAAAAAAACUUCAAGAGAAGGAUCCGGAGUUCUAUGAAUUCUUGAAAGAACAUGACAAUGAGCUAUUGGAAUUCGACGAAGAGGACUUGGAUGAUAAUGUUCCAACUCACAUGGAGGAGGAAGAAGCAGAAGAAGAAGAAGAAGAAGAAGAAGAAGAAACUGAUGUCGAUAAUGCUGAGCACAGCGAUGGUGAAGCUGCAAAGGAAGAAGAGCCAUCGAAACACGUGAUAACCAGUGCUAUGGUCGAUUCGUGGUGUGAUGCAAUCCAUAGCGGGGCGAAAAUUGGUGGGGUCCGUUCUAUAUUGAGAGCUUUUCGCAGUGCUUGCCAUUAUGGAGACGACAGUGAAGGUGACCCGACGGCUAAGUUCAGUACCAUGUCCAGUGUUGUCUUCAAUAAAAUUAUGGUGUUUGUUUUGAAUGAAAUGGAUGGGAUUCUCCGGGGGUUGUUGAAACUACCCCCUUCUGGUGGGAAGAAGGAGAUGGUUAUGGAUCUGACGAAUACAAGACCGUGGAAGAAUUACAACCAUCUGGUGAAAUCGUAUCUUGGAAACGCUCUGCAUGUUCUGAAUCAAAUGACGGACAAUGAAAUGAUUGCGUUCAUGUUAAGGCGCCUGCAAUACUCGACCGUGUUUUUGGCUGCUUUUCCGGCUCUCUUAAGGAAGUAUGUUAAGGUUGCUCUUCACUUCUGGGGUACAGGUAGCGGUGCAUUACCGGUUGUCUCUUUUCUAUUUAUACGAGACUCUUGCAUACGACUCGGUUCUGACUGCCUCGAUGACUGCAUCAAAGGCAUGUACAAGGCCUACGUGUUGAAUUGCCACUUCAUUAAUUCGACAAAACUGCAGCACAUCCAAUUCCUCAGUAAUUGCUUUACCGAACUUCUAGGGGUGGAUGUUCCAUCUGCAUAUCAACAUGCAUUUGUUUACAUCCGCCAAUUAGCUAUGAUAUUGAAGGAAACACUUUCUUCUCCCAACAAAAAUAAGAAUCCUAAAAACAAAGGGAAGGACGAAUCUUCCGGUUCAAAAAAGGACAAGGGGAAAGCCGCACCUUCCAAUUCUUCGAAAAAGGAAACGUUUAGAAAGGUUUAUCAGUGGAAGUUUAUAAACUGCUUGGAGCUGUGGACUAGAGUUGUUUGUGCUUACAGCUCGGAAGCUGAUUUAAGGCCCCUUGCUUAUCCGUUGACUCAGAUUAUUACUGGAGUAGCUCGUCUAGUCCCCUCUGCAUGUCAUUUCCCACUCAGAUUUCGUUGCGUGAGAAUGCUAAACCGCAUCAGUGCUUCAACCGGUACAUUCAUACCGGUUUCGUUGAUUCUCUUGGACAUGUUAGAGAUAAAAGAACUCCGUAAGCCUCCCACGGGAGGAAUAGGCAAAGCUGUCGACUUAUUUUCGACCCUCAAGGUUAGCAAAGCUGUACUGAAAACUCGAGCAUUUCAAGAGGCUUGUGUGUCAUCUGUGGUUGAGGAACUCGCCGAACAUCUCUCUCAGUGGAGUUACUCUGUUGCUUUCUUGGAGUUGUCUUUUGUUCCUAGUGUUCGGUUAAGGAAUUUCGUUAAAUCCACCAAGGUUGAUAGGUUUCGCAGAGAAAUGAGGCACUUCAUCCGUCAGAUUGAAGCGAAUUCGGAUUUUGUGAAUAAGAAGCGGACGACAAUUUCUUUCUUGCCAAAUGAUCCAGCAGCUACAUCUUUUCUCGAGGAUGAGAAAAACUCGGGGACGAGCCCUCUGUCGCAAUAUGUUGCCACUCUACGCCAGAAAGCACAAGAAAGAAACAACGCAUUGACAGAAUCCAGUGUGCUUAUCGGAGACGGCUCGUCAAAAUAUAGAAAUAAGACAACAUCGGAUGAUGAAUCUGACGAUUCUGAAAAUGAACAGCCGGCUCCUCAUUUUACGCUACCAGAACCCGACUCCAAGAAUAAGCAACAGAAAAGUAGCAAAAAGAAGAAUACCGAACCCAAGGAAGAGAGAAUAGCUAUGGACGAAGAUAUUAUAGAGGACUUUGUUCUGAGCUCCGACGAAGACGAAGAUAUAAACGAUAUUCUUGGCGAAGAAGAAGGCAGUGAUUUUGAGGAAGCGGCCCCACAAAAGAGCACCAAGAAACGGAAACACCCUAAGCAGAAUGCAAAGGGUGGAAAUAAAAAAUCGAAGAAGAGGAAGAGGGCAAACGGCAAAUCACAGUAAGCUUUUUUUUUUUUUUUUUUUUUUCUCAAUAUUGAAUGAGCCAAUUUUGUGAUCUUAUUGAACCUGUAUGAAAUUAUUCAUGAUACAAAAAAGAUGGAUGAAAUUUAGACUGAACUUGUUAAGGUUUACAGAUAGACCAAUCAUUAAAUUUGGGAUUUUAAUUUGAGAAUUUGGUCGGUGUAUGUAUUUGAUAUAAUGUUGUUUGAAUUUGACAAUUUUAUUUAGGUUUUUUAAUGUUUGAGGUUGGACCACUCGAUCAAA